AUGGGGCUUAUGAGCCAGCUAUCAAUCAUUCAUCUCCUCUGGGCUGCUAUGGUCUUUUGUCAAUAUGGAGAUUACGAUUUUGAAGAUGAAUAUGAUGAGGAGUCAGAUCAUCAACAUCCAUAUUAUUUUAAUCCAAAUACAGAAGCUGAAGUUCUUCGCUUUCCUUUUCCAGUUCAAUGUGCCAGAGAAUGCUUUUGUCCACCUGCUUUCCCAUUAUCCAUGUACUGCGACCAUCGUAAGCUGAAGACAAUACCAAAUAUCCCCAAUCAUGUCCAACAACUUUACCUGCAAAGCAAUGAUAUUGAAGCUGUGCCUGCAGGACCAUUCACAAACGUUACCUUCUUAAGGGAAAUUAACCUCAGCCACAACAAAAUUAAAUCUCAUAUGAUUGACUCUGGUGUUUUUGUCAAACUUUCAAACUUACUGCAACUUCAUUUACAACAUAAUGAAUUAGAAGAAUUUCCAUCCCCACUCCCCAGCUCUCUAGAGAGACUUCUCCUUGGUUCCAAUAAGAUUUCUCAGUUACCUGGAAAUGCACUGGAAGGAUUACCUAACAUAACCAUGCUUGACCUUUGCAGUAACUUUCUUGAUGACUCCGUACUCAAAGGAAAACCAUUUUCAAACAUGAAAAAUUUAACUCAGCUCAACUUAUGCAACAACAAAUUACAGACUAUGCCUCCUGAUCUGCCUUCCUCACUUAUGCACCUUUCUCUUGAAAAUAACUCAAUUUCUUACAUUCCAGAAAAUUAUUUCAGCAGACUUAAAAAAAUCAUUGCUCUAAGAAUGUCCCACAAUAAGCUGCAGAACAUUCCACGCAACACCUUUAGUCUACCCAACCUUCUGGAACUUAACCUUGGCCAUAACAAAUUGAAACAAGUAUUCUACAUUCCAAGAAGUUUGCAGCAUUUGUACAUUGAAGACAAUGACAUUGAAAUCAUAAACGUUACUUUGAUGUGUCCAUCUAUUGAUCCAAUGAACACCAACCAAUUAACCUAUAUACGAGUGGAUCAAAAUAAGCUUACAAUUCCAAUAAGCACAUAUGCAUUUUUUUGCUUCCCUCACAUUCGAACCAUUUAUUAUGGGGAACAAAAUGUUCACGUCAACAAGUCAACUCAGCUAAGAACAUCAGUGUUUCGACGAUUUUUAACAGCAGAAGAGUACCAUGAAGCAGAAGAUGAUCAUGAAACAAAUAACCAGGAAACAGAAGAAGAUUAUGAAGCAGAGGGCAACUACUUUCACCCUUACUUUAAGUAA